AUGUAUCCCUUUUGCUAUUCAGUGUCUUCUCAGAAACAACCAGCUGAGGAGACUACGAGUGAUGAGAAAGAUUCUGUGAGGAAUAUAGUCACAGAAAUAAAGGAUGGACAACAAUCUGGGACAGUGUCUCCUCAGAAACAAUCGGCCUGGAAGGUUACAUUUAAAAAGAAAGUUUCUUUUUUGAAUAUUGCCACAAGAAUAAUGGGUGGUAGGAAAUCUAGAACAGUGUCUCCUCAGAAACAACCAGCUGAGGAGACUACGAGUGACGAGAAAGAUUCUGUGAGGAAUAUAGUCACAGAAAUAAAGGAUGGACAACAAUCUGGGACAGUGUCUCCUCAGAAACAAUCGGCCUGGAAGGUUACAUUUAAAAAGAAAGUUUCUUUUUUGAAUAUUGCCACAAGAAUAAUGGGUGGUAGGAAAUCUAGAACAGAGUAUCCUGAGAAUCUGCCCAACUUGAAGGCCACAAUUGAAAAUAAAGAUGCUGUUCUGAAUACAGCCACCAAAAUGAAGGAUGUACAAACGUCCACACCAGAACAAGACUUAGAAAUGGCAUCAGAGGGAGAGCAAAAGAGGCUUGAAGAAUAUGAAAAUAACCAGCCACAGGCGAAAAACCAAAUACAUUCCAGGGAUGACCUUGAUGACAUAAUUCAGUCAUGUCAAAUAGCCUCAGAGGAUGAUGAUUCGCUUUGCUCUAAUUGUAAGAAAGUCAUAUUACUCAUUGAUCAACAUGAAAUGAAGUGUAAAGAUUGUGUUCGCCUAUUGAAAAUUAAAAAUACAUUUUGUUUAUGUAAAAGAUCAAUAGAACUUAAAGAUAACCACUGUGAGCAACUUAGAGUAAAAAUUCAAAAAAUGUAAAAUAAGGCUCGUGUACUACAAAAGCGACUAUCUGAAAAAGAAGAAAUAAAAUUGCAGUUAGAGCAUGAAGGAAUUGAAUUGGAAAAAGAACUCUGUAGUUUCAGAUUUGCCAUACAGCAAGAAAAAAAGAAAAGAAGAAAUGUUGAAGAGUUGCACCAAAAAGUUAGGGAAAAGUUAAGAAUAACAGAAGAGCAAUAUAGGAUAGAAGCUGAUGUGACAAAACAAAUGAAACUGGCUAUCAAAUCAGCGGAGGUGGAAUUGAAGACAGGAGGAAAUAAUUCAAAUCAGAUUUCUGAAACUGAUGAAAAAGAAGAAGACCUGCUGCAUGAAAACCGCUUGAUUCAAGAUGAAAUUGCCAGGCUCAGGCUGGAUAUAGACACAAUAAAAAACCAAAACCUGGAAAAGAAAUACUUAAAAGACUUUGAAAUUGUGAAAAGAAAGCAUGAAAACCUUCAAAAGGCUGUAAAACGGAGUGAGGAAACAUUAGCAAAAACAAUAGGCUGUUAUAGUGGACAGCUUGCUGCUCUGACAGAUGAAAACACAACACUCCGUUCCAAUCUGGAGAAGCAAAGAGAGAGCAGGCAAAGACUGGAAACAGAAAUGCAAUCAUACCGUUGUAGACCAAAUGCUGCCCUAUGUGAUCGUGAUCAAAGUCACUCACCAAAAAGAGACCAAGAGCUUGCUUUCCAGGGCACAGUAGAUAAAUGGUGUCAUUCACUGGACAAUUUUAAUUCUUGCGUUCUGAUUCUUUCUCAGCAAAUUUCUAAAGCUGAGAGUAAGUCCAGAGUCCUCAAAACUGAGCUCCAUUACACAAGAGAGGCUCUGAAAGAAAAGGCUUUGGUUUUUGAACACGUGCAAAGUGAGCUAAGGCAAAAACAGAGUCUAAUGAAGGACAUUGAAAAAAUGUACAAAAGUGGAUACGAUACAAUGGAAAAAUGCAGAGAAAAGCAGGAAAGAUUUUGUCAACUAAACAAACAAAAUAUGUUGCUUCAACAGCAACUGGAUGAUGCUCGCAACAAAGCUGACAAUCGAGAAAAAGCAAUACUUAAUAUUCAAGCCAGAGGUGAUGCUAGAGUACAAAACCUUCAAGCUGAGUGCAGAAAGCGCCGUCUUUUACUAGAAGAAGACAAUAAAAUGUUGGUCAAUGAAUUGAAUCAUUUGAAAGAACAAGAAUGCCAAUAUGAAAAAGAGAAAGCAGAAAGAGAAAUAGCUGUGAGACAGCUUCAACAAAAACGAGAUGAUAUCUUAAACAAACAAUCAGCAACAGAAGCUUUGCUGGAUGCUUCAUCGCAUCACUGCAUCUAUUUAGAAAAUGAGAUGCAGGAUUCAAGGAAGAAAUUAGGCCAGAUGAGAACUCAAGUAGUAUGAUGUAUGAAACUUUGCACGCCAACAACUGUUAAUCUGUAG